CCGGAGGCGAGGGGAGAUCGGCAUUGGCGGCGAUGGCGAUGCCUACCGGGGAGCGGGACGGUGACGGUAGGCGGGCGCACGCGGCAAUGGUGGGAGCGCAGCUCAUCAACGCAGGGUACCACGUCAUCGCGAAGCUGGCGCUCAACGUCGGCGUCAACCGCGUCGUCUUCUGCGUCUUCCGCGACUUGCUCGCCCUCUCCGUCCUCGCCCCCCUCGCUUUCUUCCAACACCGUGGCUCGCCCGCCAAGGCGCUGCCACCUCUCACCUGGCGCCUCCUCGGCUCCUUCUUCAUCCUCGGGCUCACAGGCAUCUUUGCCAACCAGCUGCUGUUCUUGCUCGGCCUCAGCUACACCAACCCCACCUACGCCGCCGCCAUUCAGCCGUCCAUUCCUGUCUUCACCUUCAUCUUAGCCGUCAUCAUGGCGACUGAAACGGUGAGCUUGGUCUCAAAUGAGGGCCGGGCCAAGAUUGGUGGCACCAUCGUCUGUGUGCUCGGUGCUGUCCUCAUGGUGCUGUACAGAGGGCCGGCGGUGUUUGGUAGCGGCGAGCUCGAGCUUGAUAGUCACGGUGCCAUGCCCGCCAUGUCACAGCCUGAGGCAGCCGGGUCGUUUGGGCUGCAAAAGUGGAACAUUGGAGUGCUGUGCUUGAUAGGGAACUGUCUUUGUAUGGCUACUUAUUUCGCAUUGCAGGCUCCGAUUUUGGUGAAGUAUCCGUCGAGCUUGUCACUGACAGCAUACUCAUACUUAUUUGGAGCUAUUCUGAUGGUCAUUUCUGGAGUUUUUGCAACAAAUGAUAAAGACGACUGGACUCUGACUCAAUCAGAGUUUGCUGCUGUUGUAUAUGCUGGUGUUAUUUCGUCUGCUCUUAAUAACUGUUUAUUAACAUGGUCCAACAAACUUCUUGGCCCUGCUAUGGUGGCACUGUAUAUCCCUCUUCAGCCAGUGCUCUCUGCUAUACUGUCGAUGCUUUUUCUGGGAAGCCCAAUUUACCUUGGAAGUAUUAUUGGCGGGCUCCUAAUCAUCUCUGGUUUGUACCUUGUCACCUGGGCCCGACAUAAAGAAAAGCUGACCGGCAUUGGAGCAUCUUAUGUAACAUGUGCAUUGGAAACCCGUGACAGUGAUUCUCAAGUCGUAAAGAGUGGAAACUUGGCCUCCGAGUCCUUCAUAUCUCUUUCUAGGAUGUGGAAUGUACAUCUUGAGAAGUUGGUGGUUUUGUGGUCUUAGUCUGAGCUAUCCAGCAUCUUCUUCCUUUAGGAUUUCACGACCAACAAUGGACCCCCGCCAGAUUGGCUCUCCGACCAUAACACGCGACAACGCUAGAUCGCCACUACGGGACCUGGCGGCCAGGAAAUUAAAAACAAUCAGAUGGCCAAGAGCUCUUGAACAGUAUG